AAAUGAAAUAUUAAACGAAAAUUCCUCGAAUUACGUCACUAUUAAAGACGAUAGAUUGUGCUUUCUAUUCAUAAAGAACAAUAAAAAUCUAUUUGCUUAUUUUCUUAUAUAUAAUAAUGAAGCAUAUGUCAAUGUUGUCUGUAGUGUUAUAUCUUAGUAAUUAUCGGGAACGCGAAUAAAAGUGCAAAUAAAUGAGAACUUGAAUUAAAGAAAUAAUUUAAGUGAAUUGAUGCAUUUGAGUGGGUCAGAAGUGUUUUAAAAAUAUUUUAUUAUUCUACAAAAUGGAAAAUAAUUAUUACAUUGGAUGCAUUGAGUCAUUUAGUUGCCUAUAGAUAGAUACAAAAAAAAACUGAGGAAUUUACGAAAGUAACCGAAGUUGAACGAUUUAUAUUCGUGAUCGUGUCGCGUUAGUUGCAUUUUGUGGUAGAUAAUAAGAAUUCGAGGAAAAAAGGAGGAGUAGCGAGCUUAACUGCUCAUAUAGUGACGUCAUAGAUUUAAAAUGGGGACAUAACGAUUUUGUAUUGCGAUUGGUUAUCAUUGGAUUGCUGUUGAAAUCCUAUUGGUCGUUAGUAGCAUCUAGCUUCCUUUCUCUUGCUCAGUAAAUGGGUAUGCGCAACACAAAUGCGCAGAUUCUUUAGCAGUCGAUGGGCAAACCCCGUCUAUCAGAACAAUCGCCAUUUCAUAUUCGCAUAUUUUUCAUUUUCAGCGCGAUAUUUUUAUCAAUUUUGAGUCAUCUUAGCAAAUAUAGACUCAAAAAUAAAUGUCGAAUAGGAUUUUCAAUAAAUAAUCUACGGAUUCAAUCAUGCUUUUAACCUUGUGGGACAUCAUCAUCCAUUAAUUUGAAGAAGAAAUUGCUAGUUAUUAAUUUAAAAAAUUAAAAAUGCCACGAAUAGAUCCAUUAUCAUUGUUGAAGUGUUUAAGCGUUUUAUUAGGAUCUACGGGUGGGAUUAAAAGUAAAGAAGAGGUUCAUCGCUUAGCGAAUCUUAUGACCAAGUUUUCAAAAAAACUUGUUUCUAAAUGCAUCUAUAUUCAAAUUCUCAAGAGUACUAGUGCGGAAUUAUUAAAUCAAUUUAUGAGCGAUGGAGGAUGGAAUUUAAUUCACAUGUGGUUAACUGAUGGUAUUGUAGCUAAAAAUUGGGCAUUAAUUCAAGAGUUAUUGGAGCUUCUAUUACUUUGCCCAGUGGACAUCGACCGACUUAAAAGCAAUAAUUGUCCAAAGCUGAUCAAAGGACUGUCUAAGGAAGGGAGUCAUCAGAACGUUCGAUUAUUAGCAAGCCGAUUGGUUGAACAAUGGUUAAAAAUUGUAAAAGGAGAAGCAGCUCCAAAUUCCGUACCAAUGCAGAUAACAAUCGCAAAUCAACCAACAUCAGCAAGAUUUGUCGCAGUAAAAACAGAUCAAAAAGACAUGGUAGAAAGUUCUACCGUUAAAGUUCAAGACCUUAAUAUUAAUGCGAAUUCUGUUGUUAGAGAUACAACCAUUCAACAUCCUAUUGUUCAGCAGGUGCAACCAAUUCAAGAUCAAAUUCACAUACAACCCGUACAAGUACAAAUUGUUAAUACAACGUUACCAGGACAAUUAAAGCCAACGCAAAUAAAAAAACAAUCCUAUGUUGUAGUUUCUAAUCCAUCAUCUCAAAAUCAAACAGCCGUUCCAGUGUAUAAAAUAACUAUUCGCGAUGGCGAUCAAAUUCUCACUAAAGUUGAAACUGAUCCUUCAAAUAUUUUUAAUGAUAGUGCGAAUAAUGUAGUUUUAAAUGGAGAAAUAAAAAAAGACGUUUUUGGUAAACAAGAUAAUGAUGAUAUAUCAUCGACUGAAAAUUGUCAAUCAUAUAAUAAUGGUGUGUCUGAUAAUGUUGAGAGUGAAGUGAAGCAAGAAUCUAAUUGUAAUGAUGAAACUGAAAAUGUUGUGAAAAGCAUUAAAGAUGAAACAGAUAGUACUAUAGACAAUACUGUUAAUAGUGAAAAUAAAUCUAGUGAUAAAGAAAAUCGAGAGUCUCAAAAGAAAGAUGAAAAAUCUAGCAAUAGUUCUGAUAAAAAAAGUAGCCAUCAAAGUUCAUCUAAAAGUACCUCUAAACAUAGUUCAGGAUCUAGUUCUCGAUCGAGUUCUAGUUCACGCAAGUCUUCAUCACACCGUUCUAGUUCUAGUAGUAAGAGUUCAUCAAGUUCCAGUAAAUCUUCCAAAGACAAGCACCAUUCAAGUAAACACUCAAGCAGUUCAAGUAAAAGUAAGUCAGACAAAGAGAAAGAACGCGAAAAAGAAAAAGAAAAACAGAAAAAAGAUCAAGCAGAAAAGGAUAAAGCUACAUUGGAGAAGGUCCAAGGCCAGUCAUUGGGAAGUAAAUUUGGUAAAAUUCCUAAGAAGAAAGCUGAAGAUGAAAAAUCAACAGAUUCAGUACGGAAAUCAUCAACAGAGUCACGCGAGAGUUCGAAAGAAAACAAAGACAAAAGCGAUUCGAAAGACAAAAAAUCAUCAAUAAGUCCUACUAUUUUGGAAAAGAAGAACAUUUCAAUAUCUAUAGAAAAUAGGAAAAAUUCCCAAGAUUCAACGCGUCCGAAAACUGUUAAAACAUUCAAUUCUAAAUUUAGGUCGACAGGUCUUGAAGAAGAAGUUAAACCUCCACCUCCUAGGACUGCUAGUAAGAAAACAUCUUCAACGGCCGAUAAAAAAAUUAUUCCACCUAAAAUACCAUCAUUGAAAAGGCCAUCUCCAAUUCGAGAAUCCGGUGCUUCUGCUGAUAAAAAAGCUAAGCUUUCUUUGGAUCCUCCAGUCAUUGUAUCGGAUGAUAAAAAAGGAGGGAUUAAAAUUAUUCCCCCAAAACCAAAACCAAUGGUACUGCAGGAGAGUGACAUGUUUAUGGACGCUUUGACGGCGUCAACAAAGAAUAAAGAACCGAGAAAGCGGAAACGUCGGACGUCAGUAUCCAAGGACGGAUCUACCGAAGCGAAGAAAUCUGAGGGCGCAAACUCGGUAUCAGGAGACCAUACAGCUAGAGAUAGUACACCACCUCCUUCCUCACCUCAAAAUACUGAUGAACGAUCUCUUUCAGUUAAACCCGAAUUUAAGUUUUAUCAGGACACUCUUGAAACAGAUGAGGACAAAGAAGAUAAAGAUCGACAAGAUGAUAAAGAUGUAGAAAUGGAUGAAGAUAAGCUGAAAGAGAGAGGAAUAAAUGAUGAUGAGGAAAGAAGUCGAACGCCAACUAAUGAAGAUGAAGUUGAAGAUAUGAAAGGUCCUGCUUCUCCGGAUGAUCCUGAAGAUACAGGACGGAAAGAAUCAGAUCUUCAAUCAGAAAUAAGAUAUGUCGAUGGUUUAAGAAGUGUUUUACUUCUUCAAAAACGAAGAGGUCCAAAGAAAAAUUUAAAAUGGAAGACUGAAUUAGAAUCAGUCAGAUAUUUUGAAUUGGAUGAAACUGAAAGAGUUAAUGUAACGAAAACAUUUACUGAUAUGAAACAAAUGGAAAAACAAAAUGAAAGAGAAGCAUUCCAGAUGGCGAGAAAAUUAAGUACUGAAGAUUUAAUGGAAGAGAGAACUAGGUGGAAAGUUUUAAUUCCGAUUGACUUACCUCCUCCUUUAGUAGAACCAGGAAAAGAUAGCAAAGAAAAGGAUAUUCAGUAUGCAAGAGAGAAAGGAAUUCUUCAAGCUCUCUAUUUUAAUCGUAGUAUGAUUCCGGAUUCCGCAGCGGAGCCUGAUGAAGAACGUCAUCAUGUGAUAACUGAUCCGAAAAUUAUUCCUCUUGACGAUCUCACAGGUAAUAAAGAAAGUGAAAAAGACUUUACAUCAGUGGCAUGGCCAGAGCCGAAACCUCAAUUAGCUUCAGUAGCUCCAGUUGUAUCUAAUGUUCAUUUUCCAUCAUUUGCUCCACAUAAUCAAUCAAUGCCUACAAUGCAAAUGCAGUCGAAUCCUAUAGGGUCGAUGAAUCCAAUGCCACAACAAAUGAAUCAAACAAUGAUGCCACCAAUGAAUCAUAUGGCUGGUAGUGUUCAAGACAUGAAUACCGGUGCUGGUGGAUGGAGAACUGGAGAUGGCAAGGUUGUUGUUCCUGAUGUUCAAAUGAAUAAUAUGAAUAAUAUGCCUAAUAUGACAGGAAAUUUACCUCCUGGAUUUCCACCACCUGGUAUGGAAAAUCCAAUGAUGCCUAAUAUGAUGCCACCACCUCCAGGAAUGUUUAAUCAACAAGAUGGUUAUCCUAAUAUAAUGGGUGAAGAUGGUUCUUAUGGUCAUAUGCCUAAUAACUUCCAAGGUCCAGGAAUGUUUGGCCCUGGACCUAACUUCCAAAAUGGACCCAACAUUCCGCGAGGGAUGGGUCCAAUGCAUGGAGCUAAUAGAGGUAGAGGUGGUCCUGGAUGGUUUCGUGGUGGUGGUGGUGUUAUUGGCGGCGGUGGUGGAGGAGUGGGGCCAAUGCGUGGAGGCUGGGUUGGACGUGGUGGAUGGAGAGGUAAUGGAAAACAACCUCCAGUUUGUCGACAAUUCAGUAAAAAUGGUUAUUGUAGAGUUGGUGACAAAUGCCAAUAUCUCCAUCCUGGAGUCAAUUGUCCACCAUUCUAAAGAGCCUUAUAAAUUUAUAUAUUUGUAAUCGAUAGCAAUGAAUAGGCGACAACUUAAAGCAUUGUCCAAUAAGAGUGUACAUAGAAACUUUAUAAAGAGUACUAAAAAGACCAUUUUGAUUAUUGGCUUUUCGAAUUUCUGAGUGAUGAAUAUUUUAUAGGAAAAGCUUUAUGUCUUCCUAUUAAAUUUUAUAUCGAAUUUCAAAGAUAAGCCCACUAUGUCACUGCCGUGCAAUUGAUAAAGCUGAGGUAACUAAAUACAUUUCCUGUGAUAGAUCGUCAUUAGAGACAUUAACGAUUGAUAUAAAAUAAUAUUAAAUAUAAGAUAACUAUAAGUGAAGAAGUUCAAUUAAUAAUGUAUAUAAUCAAGCGAUUAUGAAACGAAAUUUUUCACAUUAAUAAUAAUAAUAACGAUAAUGUAUAUUUUCUUGUAAAUAUCAUUGUAUUAUUUUUGUAUAAACAAUUUAGAGAUUAUAAUUAAUAAG